GCCCGGAAGUGCGUCAUCGCUGAGGUCAUGAAGAAGGAGGAAACAGAUUUCCACAGCUAAGAUGGCGGAGGAACAGCAGGAAUCAUCACAGGGAGAGAUGGAGGGUGUGAACUGCCUCGCGCAUGAUGAGGCCAUCAUCGCUCAGCAGGACCGGAUCCAGCAGGAGAUCGCCAACACGAACCCCCUGGUGUCGGAGAGACAGGAGCUGUCGGUGCUGCAGAAAGAAUAUGCGGAGGACGACAUGGUUUAUCAGCUCAAGAUCAAGGAUCUCCACAAAAAGUACUCUCAUAUUCGGAAGACACGGCCUGACGGAAACUGUUUCUACAGGGCCUUUGGUUUUGCACACCUCGAAUCCCUGUUAGAAGACAGCAAAGAGCUUCAGAGGUUCAAAGCGGUGGCCGCCAAAAGUAAACUGGACUUGGUUAAUGAAGGCUUCACCGAGUUCACCAUUGAAGAUUUCCACAACACCUUCAUGGAUUUGAUUGAACUGUGCGAGAAGCAGCCGAGCCUGCAGGAGCUGCUGAGCUCCUUCAACGAUCAGAACGUGUCGGACUACGUGGUCGUGUACCUGCGGCUCCUCACCUCAGGGUACCUGCAGCGCGAGAACGGCUUCUUUUUGAAUUUCAUCGAGGGCGGACGCUCCAUCAAGGAAUUCUGUCAGCAGGAGGUGGAGCCGAUGUCCAAAGAAAGCGACCACAUUCACAUCAUCGCCUUGGCCCAGGCCCUGAACGUGUCCAUCCUGGUGGAGUACAUGGACAGAGGGGAAGGAGGAACUGUAAAUCACCACGUCUUCCCAGAGGGCGGCGACCCUCGCAUCUUCCUGCUGUACAGACCCGGCCAUUACGACAUCCUGUACAAAUAACACUCCCCACCACAGGCCUGCAUCGUCCCGCUGCACCUGCCGGCUGCAGCGCGCUCAAACAAACAAACAAAAAAAAAGGUUCACAUUGUUGAUACAUCUGUAUAUGAGUUUCUGAGUCAAGUACUUGGGGUGGGGGCAAGAAUUCAUUUCAUACCUCUUUUACCCCUCUGUCGCUCCAAAAAUUUCAUCUUCAUUUGUCUGGAAUAAAAAAAAAACUGGACAUAGAAAUGACUCCAGCCAGAGUUGUACAGUUUUUUUCUGUUGUGGUUGUAAAUGUUCUCUUCUUGCUUCGUUUGAUUCUCUUCCUUUGUUACACUGCCUUUCAUUGAGUUUUAUUAAAGCAAUUUGCAUCUUCC